AUUAUCAUCUCAAACACCAAAACUCCUUAACAACCUUCGUUGACCAAACGCCGCCAACUCUGUUUUCCAAAUGGAGGUUACCGGAGUGUGCUGUGUUGUGGGAGUAGUAGUAACGUUGGUGUUUUAUGUAUUGAGAUUUUUAAAUUGGGUAUGGUUCAAACCAAAGAAGAUAGAAAGGUUUUUAAGAGAUCAAGGUCUUAAGGGUAGCUCAUAUAAGUUCUUGUUUGGAGAUUUAAAGGAGAUGGUGCAGUUGACAACUCAAGCAACAUCUAAACCUAUUGCCCUAUCCGAUGAUAUAGUUCCUCGUGUCUUACCUUUUGUCCAUAAAUCUGUCCUUACUCAUGGUAAAAUUUGUUUUACAUGGAUGGGAAACAAACCUUUGGUUCAUGUAAGUGAACCUUCUAUGAUACCUGAGAUAUUAGCUAAUUAUAAUAAAUUUCAAAAGCAAAAGGGACCACGACAUUCGCUAAUAAAGUUGCUAGGGAAAGGAUUAUUCAGCACUGAGAACGAUCAAUGGGUUAAACAUAGAAAAAUCAUCAAUCCUGCAUUCCAUGUUGAGAAGCUCAAGAAAAUGGUGCCAGCAUUUUACAUUAGCUGUAGUGAGAUGAUCAACAAAUGGGAAGAAAUGCUGAUGAAAGAAAGCUCAUGUGAAGUGGAUGUGUGGCCUCAUCUUAAAACAUUUGCUAGUGAUGUAAUUUCACGUACAGCAUUUGGUAGUAGCUUUGAGGAAGGAAGAAAGAUAUUUGAACUUCAACGAGAACAGAUUCAGUUGGUUUUAAAGGCUAUUCAGUCGAUGUAUAUUCCAGGAUCAAGAUUUUUGCCAACAAAAUCGAACAAGAGGAUAAAGGAAACUUCUCAAGAAAUGGAGGUCUUAAUAAGAAGUAUUAUUGACAAGAGAGUAACCACCAUGGAAUCCCAAAAAAUUGGAAAUAAUGACCUGUUAGGAAUUCUUCUGGAUUCCAAUCACGAAGAAAUUAAAAGACAUGGUAAUCACAACUUUGGAAUAAGCAUAGAAGAUAUCAUCGAAGAGUGCAAACUUUUUUACUUUGCAGGACAAGAGACCACAGCAGAUCUGCUAGUGUGGACUAUGAUUCUCCUGAGUCAGCACACAAAAUGGCAAGAACUUGCGAGAAAUGAAGUUUUAAGCGUUUUUGGGGAGAAGAAACCACAUAUUGAUGGAUUUAGUAACUUAAAAACUAUCAACAUGAUAUUCAAUGAGGUCCUUAGAUUAUACCCACCAGCAAUGAUAUUAGGACGGAUGAUACAUGAAGAAAUGAAAUUAGGGAAUAUGACUUUACCUGCAGGAACCUACAUUCAAGUGAACACAUUGCUUUUACAUACUGACCUUGAUAUAUGGGGUGAGGAUGCAAAAGAGUUUAAGCCCGAGAGGUUUUCUGAAGGCGUGUCAAAGGCAACCAAGGGACAAACCUCAUAUAUUCCGUUUGGAGGAGGGCCACGUAUAUGUAUUGCACAAAAUUUUGCUUUGAUGGAAGCAAAAACUGCACUUGUUAUGAUUCUACAACGCUUCUCUUUUGAGUUGUCUCCAUCGUACUCACAUGCUCCACAUUCUGUCAUCACGUUACAACCUCAAUUUGGUGCACAUUUGAUUCUACGUAAACUUUAGGCUCGCAUGUUUUGGUUUGUUUAAAAGUAUGCUGCUCUAAAUCCAAUGUUUAAAAAACCGGUCCGUUGAAACGGUUGGACCAAGAAUCGAAAAAGGCAAAGGCAGCGGUUCAACUAACACCGGUUUUAUACCUAUUUCUAGACCGGAACAAAGUUUUUUGUAAACACCGGCUAAAUUGGACCAGUUGAAUUAGUUAAAUUGAAUAAAAACACAUAGAAAUAAAACAUUUUGUAUAACAAA